ACUGAACAUUUCUCGCAAGGUGGCGCUUCUGCGCGGUCCCGUGUUGGGAGGGUACACAAUGACGUCAUGAACAUGGCGGCGGAACGGCCCAGUCUGGAGACGUUUGUUUGUUCGGUUUGAUGUUGUUGCAUUUCCCGGCUGUUUUCGUUGUGAUGUAGAGUUGCUGCUGACCGUGUGUUAAACCUCACCACAGCGAAACCCUCCUGACAGUUCCGAUGUUCCCUCCGUACGACAUCUUCGCCCGGACGCUCUCCCACACCCUCGCUGUCCUCUUCAACUUCGCCUGGAAAUGUCGCUUCCGCCUCCCGGUCUUUCUCACCACGCUUUUCCUCGCGUUCGACAUCCGCCUGCGUCUCGAGAUCAACCUGAACCGGUAGUUCCAUGAAGAGGAAGAAAUCCCCCCUCUCACCUGAUUCCUCGCUGUGCAAUUCUGCCCACUUUUCUAUCAACUAAAUUUAAGACUUCCUAAAUUAUUCCAACCAAGAAGAAAAUAGCUUCUCUGAUACCAGAAUGCAGAUCAUUCUUGCUCUUGCUACGUAACGUCUAAACUAUUGAGAAAAAAGUUUCAACCAGUGUCAACAAAAUAAGCUUUCUUUAUCAGCCCGAAAUCAACUAGAUUCCUUUGCUUUAGCAAACCUUACCCUGCAGCCGAUCUUUCUUUGAGACUUAGUGAAAAACUUAAAGAAAGAUUUAACCAAAAUUUAAGAGAAAAAGAGAAUGACAUCAAUGUAGCAAACUUGGCAGAUUUUUACUGAAACUGCUUGAUGCAUCUCAGGGUUGAAAACUAUGGAUCACUAACUUCAUGAAAUAGAUUUUGCAAGACAACUGUUUGCUGGAUAGCAGGUACCUUGAGCUGCAUGACCAAGCUUCAAAUUUGAACUAGCUGAACUUUUUAGAUUGUGUGCUGAUUUGGGAGAUAACAAAAUAAAGAGAUGGCUCGAGGUGUGAAGGACCUACGCGACUUGAUCUGCCUGUCGAGGCUGACGAUACGCGACAGUGAUGAGGAAAUGGAUCUCAGCGAUACUGACGCAGAUUACGGGAACUUUAGAACUUCCUCUUCCCUGGAGAAUGGUGAUGUCUUUCGGAAGGAUGCUGGUGUGGCGUCUUCCAUCUUGGCAACCCAGAGGACCAGUACUGCUUCAAAAGAUGAACUCUUCGAGCCACACGUCAAUCUAAGGAGGAGUAAGAAAGCGCCGCUACCCCCCGUCGGGAUCGGUUCCCGCCCAUCCUCUAGUGCGAGCUCUGGUAGCGACACCGCUCCGGACGCGAGAUCCGUGGGGCAUGAUGGGAACUUUGACGGGAUUCUGGGAUACAUGGACGAAGCGGUGAUUGCCGAUUGGCUGAUGAGGACUAACGUGAUGGUGGAGGAGCUCUCUGAUUGGUGUUGCCAUGGUGAUAAUUAUGUCCGCUUUGCCCACUUCUGGCUGAGCGGGAUCCCGCCAGCACAGCGGACACAGCUGAUUGGGAUGGAGGUGGGAAUUUUUUUUUAUGUAGGUGGCACUGCAGCAGUGGGGAUCGUACGUGAUGAGAUGGAACGGGCGUUCCGUACGGGGCGGGAGAGCGGUGACGUCACAUCGCUCGCCCUCCGUAAGCUCCUGUCUGCGGUCCUGCGGGAAUACCCGACCAAGCUGCUCACCUCGAAGGGACCGCACAUCUUCUUGGAGAAACUCGACGUCCUGACGUCAGGUAGGAGCGAGGAGUAUCGUGCAACGCUGACAGACGUCAAAGUCAGAACGCGGAACAAACAGUUCGUCCAGUGGGUCCUCGCGCUGAGGGCGUUCGCUCUGCUCAGCGUGUGGCAUGCCGCGGUCGGCUUCUACAGGACGAUCACGUGCCCGGGAGCACAGGGGGGCCUCGCAGACGAACAGGACCAAGGCACCGUUACCGCGGACAGCCUGGAGGAGCGAUGCGUACAGGCAGUGCAGAGUGGUGCGGUGGACGUCCUACAUUACCUGUCGAAGGUAAAGAAGGCAGAUUUAGGAGUGAGGGACGGAGAGAACAGGACGCUGGUGUUCAUCGCUGUCACUCACAACCAACCCAAGGUCCUGACCUACCUGCUCACAAAGGUUCACCCUAGACCCGACAUCAACCUCCCAUCAUGCACUGGGAACACCCCGCUCCACGCAGCAGUGAAUGCUGGGAAUGUAGAGCUAGUGAAGACCCUGGUGAAGGCCGGGGCCGAGGUGAACACCGCAAACCCGCAGUGCGACAGCGCCACCCCGCUGCACCUAGCGGUACUGCAUGGUGAUAAGGAGACGUGUGAGGUGUUGCUGUCCGCAGGUGCGCAGGUGUCAGCGGAGAUGGGUGGACAGACGGCUGCACACCUGGCAGCAGACCUGGGACACCUGGAGAUACAGCAGCUGCUUCUCACCUGUGCGGGCACACCUAUGCAAACCUCAUGAUUUUACAAACU